AACGUUGCCGUGCGGUUUAGAAGUAUUUCGGAUACAUUGACGGAGCCAACCGGUUAGGCAGCUUCAAAAGGAUUAUUACUAACUUAAAAGUAGCUUGGAAUAAAGGAUUAUUAGAAAAUAACAAACAGCAAAAGGAUUAAAUAUAUAUUAACAAUAGUUUAAAAAAGUCUGUAAAAUUACAUUUAUAUAAUAAAAACGUAAACAAACAUAAUUAAAUUGUUUAUAAUUUAAAACAACAAAAAUAAUUAAUAAAAUAAAAUAAAAUAAAAUAAAUAACCUGUCUAUAGAAAACAACAACUUAAAAAACAAAUAAGAUUUUAUAGCAAAGUGCAACAAUGAAUAAAACUUAAAGAACAAGUAUUUAAGAUACAAAUAUAAAUUUGCUUUAAACAGUGCGUAUGAGUAUUAUUUAAUUAAUACAAAUUACUCAUACUCUGAUGUCAUUUGAAUUAAUUAUAUUAAAUAAACGAAUGGUGAUAUAAAAUAAACAAAUUUUAAAAAAGUGUAAAUCAAUCAAAUCAUUAAAGUGUGUUAAGCCAACAAUAUAAAAAAAUAUUAAAAAUAAUAUCCAAUUAUAAUUUAAUAAGAGGAAUACAUACAUACACGUACAUUUAUCAUUAAAUAUUAUUCGAUUCAACAUCUAAAUUAAAUACCAUAACAACCACAAUGUUUCCAAAUGCUUUUGCGAUAAUUUUUUAUCAGCUGUAAUCAAAAUGAAGUACAAUUUCAUUACGUGACUUUCAACUAUGAAAUUUUGAAAUGUUUCAAGGAUAAAUACCAGCAUGAAAUGUAUAAGUAAAAAACUUGGGGGUGUUGGAUAGAACACGACUAAAAAGCAAAUUGUGUUUUUUGCUAUAAAAAAGCAGCUAGAAAAAAAGAACCUAGUUAUAGAAUAAAAGAUCUUACAUAAAACAUGUAGAGAAUUUUUGCUGUAUUAUACACAAGAAAGGAAUAAAAAAAUUAAUUGCUCAAGACUUUUUGUAGCUUAAAAAUAAACAAUUUUUUACUUAACAUUUUUUAAGAAAAUAUUAAAUAGAAACUAUGCACAAGAAACAACGAAAAUUCCAACAGCCAAAGUGUCUGCAUGUUAUAACCUGCCUUUUAUUUAGUUGUCUGGUACUUGUAUUAGAAUGGCAGGCUACUUUAGCAACACCCAUUAUAACGACAGCUGAAACUACUUCAACAGCAGCAGCCAACAGAAGGUUAAGAAAUCAUGAAAAGCCUGUUAGAGGUGCAGGCGGAGGUGAAGGAGGCUUAAGACGCAGUCGAGUUGGUGGCAUUGAGGGUGGUACAAGUGCUGGUAGUUCGCCAUGUGAACAUAAAAGCCUUAGUGAACUCAUCAAAACAAGUCCAGUGAUACUUAAGGCCUUGGGUGCCCACAUUUUUAAUCAUGACGAUGAUGAAGAUUUACGUAUUUUGCACAAUAGUAACGAUGCAUUAUUGUUAAAGUGGCAAAAUGAACAAAAUAAAGUUCUUGCAUCUUUAAAAAGAAUACAAAAAGUACACAAAUUUACAACGUCAUCAUCAUCGUCGUCGUCCACAUCGUCAUCAUCCGCAACUUCAACAAAAACUGCUGAAAAAACACGACAGCAACAAAGCAAACAAAAGCAACAGCAAACUUUUAGUGAUGCUGCAACUAAUAGAGCCGCCAUGCUGGCGUCUAUGAAUGCUGAUGCCAUUUUAAUAACAUUAACACCGGAAACAAUCUACAAAGGGGCAUCGUUACUAAAAAUGACACCCAAUGCUGCUGAACAUGCAACAUCACAUAGCACGAGUAGCAGUAGCACCAGCAGUAGUAGUAACAAUUUUGCCAAUGGUAGUGGUAAUGGUGGUGGCAUUAGCACCAGCAGCAAUACGAAUGACAGUAAUAAUGGCAACAGUGCCAAUGGUGGUAGUAGUGGCACUGGCUCAAGCUACAACAGUGGCACUAUUAAUUCAUCAGAGGCUUCGUAUUUAUAUGAGGGCCAAUUAAAUGCAACUGUUCAACCAUUAUCAUGUUUUGAUGAAAAUUUAUUGAAAAUGUUACCAAGUGAUUUAAUUAUCUUUGGCAAAUUGAUAACAAUAGAAGAGCAACAACGACAACAAGAUGAUUUAUUAAUGGAUAUCCAUGACUACACAUCAUCCUCAUCAUCGACAUUAUCACAGCGUCGCCAACAGCAACAGCCAACAAAGGAUGUGUUGAAAAUCAGUAUAAAUGGUCUGCAUCGUUGGUCAUCACAGUUUGAGAAUUACAUAUGGAAACAUUUGGGUUGGGACGAUUGGAGUGAUUUCACCGUGUGCAGUGUUGCCUGUGGCAAAGGUGUUCAACAACGUUUUCGACGUUGUCUAUUGGAUAAUCCAAUGGUUAAUUUGAACAUGAAUUUCAAUAAUGCAGAUGACGAGGACGAUGAUGAUGUAGACAUAGAUGUUGAUACCGAUGUCGUUGUAGAAGUAGAUGAGGAGGAAGAAGGUGAGGUGGAGGACGAUAAUGAAAGCUUAAUAGUUGAUGAUGAAAUAAAUGAGCAGCAGAAAACAAAAGAUGUGAGAGAUAGCAGAAGUGAUGAAGAGCAUACAGUGAACAAUGUAAAUACCACGGUUGGAAAAAAGAAGGAAGUGGCCAAAACAACAACUCCAGCAACGGAUGUUAAUAAUCAUCAUUAUUACAGCAACGACAAUAUGUUGCUCAAAACGGAUACUUUAAUAACAGGCAACAUGUUGCAUUUUGUAACAACAGCACAAACGGAGAUUAGAGUUGAAAAUUCGACAACAGAAGAGCCCGAAGUUAUGCGCAUAUUUGAGGGUCAUUUCAAUGAUACAUUUAGUGAAAAAAUGUCAACGUUAUCAGCGCCACUAGCUGCAUCAGCAACUUUAACAAUGAACAAUGAAAAAUCAUUUAACAAACAAUCGUUGUUGUCAUCACCAUCAACGUCAUCAUCGUCAUCAUUAUCAUCGUCAGCUUCAUUAAAGGAUAAAAAGGAUACUAGAAAAUUAAAAAAACAGCAACAACAAUUGAAAGUUAAGCGCAAAAAACAUAAAUCAGCAAAACUAUUUUCAACCAUGUUCUGUGAGGGCUACAACAUUGAACAAAGGAAUUGCAACAGUUUCGAAUGUAAUGAUGAUAUUAAUGACUUAUUGAAAUUUUAUCGUAAAUAUCCCACAACCAAUGAUGAAACCAAUACAGUAUCUACGCAAACAAUGACUAUGGACUUAAAUACAAUAGCGGCAGCAUCGUCAUUCUUCUCAACAAUAAGUGGUUCUAUGGCUGUUGCAGCAUCAUCGUCAUCUUCAUCGACCAUAAAUACAGAAACGGAUGGAGCAGAAACGAAUAAUCAAAAUCUUAAUACAUUUACAACACCCAUCAAUAUGGGUUAUGUACAAAAUUGGCAUAAUUCAUUAAAUUUUACUAUUAUGUUGACUUUAAGAGUUAAGAAUGAUAGUUGUUCUACAGCGACAAUAUUCUCCAUACGCAAUUCCACACACAAUCUCUAUUUGGAAUCCUGCAAAGAUGGUUUACGUUUGUACUUAGAACGAGAUAAAACUACCGAAAUGUUACCCAUUAAAUUUAAUUUAUACGAUUACCAUUGGCAUCAAGUGGCUAUAAGCAUACAGAAUGGUGAUUUUAUAUCAAUUCACGUUGAUUGUUCCUGGACAAAUAGUUUUGUUGUAUCAAAACGUUUAUUUUCACUGCCCGUCACAGCGGAUGUUGAAAUAGGCAGAGGGUUCAAUGGUGAAUUACAACAACUCCUAAUACUACCCGAACAUCAAGAACGCUAUCAGUGCUCUGAGAAACGUACAUCCAUAAACGAAGUAAAACGCUAUAUAAUCGAUACAUUUAUCGAUGAUUAUGCCAACUAAAUAUUAUUGAAAAUUGUGAAGGAACAAUAAAAAAAUUAAAAAAUAAAAUUACUUACGAAUAGGAAAUAUUAUACUAUUAGUAAUUUGCUAAAGAAUGAAAUAUAUAAACAUAUAUAAAAAAAGUAAUAAUGUGAAGACCCCCCUGAAUAUUCUGAAUAUAUUUUUCAUAAAUUUUAAAACUAUUAACAAUAAAUGUAAUUGAUAGAUAAAUUAUACUUAAUAAUAUUAAGAAUGAAAAUAUUUAAAAA